CCCGUUGACUUUUACGGACUUCCAAUGGAUGCCCCUUCCCCGGUCCGGUCGAUUGCCGAAACCGCAUUGCAACGUGCUCAUGGCACAGUUGCGGGAUUACUUGCACACUGCAGUCCCAACUCCGUUGAUGGACGUCGGAGUAGAGGUUGUCAACCUUCACACCUACAUUGGGAAGAUCGACUCCAAGUUCAAGAGACAACGCCGGAGUUUGGACGAGCAUGUGGAACACCUGCGCGCCGUUUUGGAGCGGCUACGGCAAGCCAAGUACAAAGCCAACCCCGACAAAUGCGAAUUCGCGCGGCAAGAGCUGGGGUACUUGGGACAUUACGUGACGCCGCAAGGCAUCCGUCCGCUUGCGGACAAGAUCGAGGCCCUCCACGUAUGGUCGAAGCCCACCAACACCACGGACGUUCGUUCGUUCAUGAGGUUGGCGGGCUACUAUCAGCGAUUCAUCACCAGAUACUCAAGGAUUGUUGCGCCUAUGACGAGAUUACAAUCGCCAAAGGUGCCAGUCGUAUUCGAUGACGACGCACGCCAGUCAUUCCAAGCACUUAAGACGACCAUGCUCAUGACACCCGUCCUUAGCAUCUAUGACCCUGCCCUGCCUACGAGAGUGACAACUGACGCUUCCGGCUAUGGCAUUGGGGCAGUCUUGGAACAACACGACGGCGAUGACUGGCACCCUGUGGAGUAUUUCAGCCACAAAGUGCCUCCCAUCAAUUCGCUUGAUGAUGCAAGGAAGAAGGAGCUGCUCGCGUUCGUGAUGGCUCUCAAGCGAUGGCGACACUUCCUCCUUGGGCGUCCUAGGUUCACAUGGGUCACGGACAACAACCCAUUGACCUACUACAAGACGCAAGAUACGGUGAGCAGCACGAUCGGGCGAUGGAUGUACUUCAUCGACCAAUUUGACUUCACACCGAAACACCUCCCCGGCCUCUCUAAUCGCGCAGCAGAUGCACUCUCGCGAAGACCUGAUCUUUGCGCUAUGACACAUCAUGUCUUCACAUUUGACGAGGAACUCCAGCGACACUUCAUCCGGGGCUACGAGUCUGAUCCGGACUUUGCCACGUUAUAUGCGCAGCUAUCUUCGGAUCACCCGCCGGCCAGCCACCAUCGCAUUGCCGACGGGUACUUGCUCCUCCACUCCAGAGGUAAAGACUUAUUAUGUGUCCCAUGAGACCGUCGUCUUCGGACACACGUUCUCGGGGAGUACCAUGACUCGCGACUUGUCGGCCAUUUCGGAGUUAACCGCACUAUUGCACGGCUUCG